CGCCGCCAAACCCGUCCGACCCCACGUGGGUUUGCUUGCACACGCGCACUGAGGGACCGACGGGGACGCCGGGUACAGGAAUAGCUCCACAUGGCUUCCAAAGACGUGACCGUUACAGUUCGCCUCAUUCGUUCAUUCGAGCAUCGCAAUUUCAAGCCUAUAGUAUAUCACGGAGUUGAUUUGGACCAAACUACAAAGGAAUUCAUAGUAUUUCUAAAGCAAGAUAUUCCUUUAAGGACCAGCCUGCCACCACCAUUCAGAAAUUAUAAAUAUGAUAAAUUAAAGAUUGUUCAUCAGGCACAUAAAGCAAAGACCAACGAGCUUGUAUUGAGCCUGGAAGACGACGACACGCUCAUGCUGGAAGAAGACUGCACGCUGCGAGCUGCGGGAAUUGCUCAUGAAACUGAAAUUGCAUUCUUCUGUGAAGAAGAUUAUAAGAACUACAAAGCUAAUCCCAUUUCAUCCUGGUGAAAACCUCUUGGGGGCUCUCUUUUUGCAUACCUGUAUUAAGCUCUUUAUUCCACUAGUGAGUUUUAGAAAUUGACAAAUAAACUUAAAAAUUAAUCUCA